AUGAAGUUCUCCGCCUUCCUCCCUGCCCUCCUCGCGCCUGCCGCACUGGCCCAAAGCGUAGUGCCCUCACCCUACACAGAUGCGAAGUCUGGCAUCACAUUCAACUACUUCAUGGACGCCAAAACCGGCUACUUCUUCGGCCUCGCGCUGCCGGCCGAUGGAUCAAGCACCGACCUUAUUGCUACGAUCGGAGGCAAGGGCACGGGAUGGUCGGGCGUCAGUCUGGGAGGAGCUAUGUUGAGUAAGCUGUUGAUUGUUGCGUGGCCGAAUGGCCAGAAUAUUGUUAGUUCGUUCAGGAAGACAGCACAAUACGGCUCCCCAGCGGUCGCGACAGGCACCUUCACCCAGGCCGUCAUUCCCAAUGGAACUUAUACCAACUCGACGCACUGGACGUACACGUUCCUUUGCGGAAAAUGCAUCCAGACUGAUAAGACGACUUUCGCGGUUGCCGACAACAACCCUACGCUUGGAUGGGCAAUAAACGCCGCUGCCCCGAGCGCGAAAACAAGCCCUAGUGCGACGAUUAAUAAGCAUACGAACGAAGGUGCUUAUCAGAUGGAUUUGUCGAAGGCGAAGAGUAGCAAGUUUGACACUUGGAAGGCGUAUGCUAGUGCGCCGAAGGUCUUUAUGGCAUAA